AUGGGAUAAAUUUUAAGCUCUUAAUGUUGUGAAAAUAAGGUAGAGCCACCAAAAUCUCUGUUAUAAGAGGGAUAGCUUUCGAAUUUGAACCAAGACUAUUAAUAUUUCUUUAGUUAGGAUUGGUUUGGUGUUGAGAAACCUUAAUUCGAACCUUAAAAAUUUAUCUUUAUUUAUCCUGGAUAUAAGGAAGACUAGUAACAAAUGGAAAAAGUCUGGUCAAAGGCUGAUACAAUAAAUUUAAGGCAUGGUGAAUUAGUUCGACAAAAAGGAAAAGUAUUAAAUAAGAAAUGGCAAUAUUUAUUCAGAAAAGGUGUUCCAUGUUCCUUAUCUAAAAAAUUAAUAUUGGAUACUUUUAGGUUAACUUAUGUUGAUUGUGAAGCAGAAUAUUUAUCUGCGUUAAAGGUUGUGUUCAAAAAUAAACAAAUUCCUAAAACUUUUAAAAAUGUUCCUCUCUUUGGUUGCAAUAGUUAUGAAGAUGACGACGAAGAGUUUAAUUACUUAAAUGAGAGUGAGAAAAAAAUCUAAUUACUACUGAAAGUUUAGAUUUUAAAUCAAUAAGGAAUGGAAGCAUUAAUUAGGUUACUUUGGAUUGUGAACAAUUUAAAUCAUUUCUUGGAAUACAACCCAAUGCUAGUUCACAUAAUAGUUCUGCUUCUUAUAUUUUUAAGUGAGGCUUAGACUUAUUCUGUAUUGUAAUUCAUGAUAAAAGAUUCAUAAUAAAGUUUGAAUGAUACUUAGACAAAAUAAGAAUUACGAUGGCAUUUAAUAAUGAAUGAAGAGCAUUUUAAAGAAACAGCUACUACAUUUUAUGAAUCUGUCAGUAGAAGGAGCAAGACAUUUAGUAAUAUCUAUACAUAGAUGUAAAAUAUUCAGUUCGAUUCAUUUGAAUUGUUUUAAGAGAUGUCUAUUAGUUUAAUGUUAACUUACCUGCCAUUUUCUUCAGUUUUAAAAAUAUUUAUUAUAUAUUUGAAUGAAGGAAUUAAGAUAUAUUUUAGAAUAUUUUACUCUGUUUUGAUAUAUGUUUCAGAUGAUAUAAAGUCAUGCAAAUCUUGUUCUAAUUUUAAAGCAAUUUUAAGAAAGAAAUUAAUGAAUUUAAAUAUAGAAGAAUAAAACAACAUUAUUAAACAAGCAUUUAAAUUAAAUUUAAGUGAAAGUGAACAAGUUCAAUCUUUUAUGAAGACAACAGUUUAAUAAACUAAAAAUUAACCAUGCUAUUUACCUAUCCCAUCAUAGGCAUCAGACUUAAUUACAAAUGAAUAGGCAUUUAUAGAUAUAUGA